AUGAAAAAUUAGGCUGUUCAGACUAUCGAAACAGGUGCUAUCUUUACUUUUUAACCUUUAGAAGUUAUUUAACCAAAACGAUCAAUAAUACCUAAAGAUCUUGUUAAGAAGAAGACAAAAGUAUAGAAAUCUUCUUUAACUGAUGAUCCUCUUCCAUAUUUAAAACCACUAAAAUAAAAUAAUUAAAUCAAAUUGAGACAAUUAAUGUUACCAAAUAUUAAAAUUUAAGAAAAGCCUUAGAUUUCUAAACGAAGUGAACGAUAUUUAUCAAUAUAACAGAAUUCUUAAUAAAUUUCUAGUUGUGUAACUAAAUUAAGAAGAUACUCUCAUUAUGAUUUCAUUUGCAGAACUGAUAGAACACUCUCAAUAUAACCAACAUAAAGUUUAAUAACUAGCAGAGCAUACAUUAAAUAAAUUUGA